ACUAUACCGGAAGUAAACAGUGGAGGAGACAAACAGAGACUCACGGACUUUGUGACGAUCAGAGACAGGCUCACGGGCUUUGAGCUGGAUAUGGACAGAUGAGUUAAAGAUGUCUGUCUGCUUCCCCUGACCUGUGCACUCUGGAGCUGAGCCAUGGCUGAGGUGCUGGGGCAGAAGAGCUUGCUGGGGGUGUGUGUGCUGGUGGCCUGGCUGGUGCUGUUCCACCUCCUGGUAAACAUCUGGCUGCUGUGCGUCUUCACCAGUCUCCUUGUGGUGCUCGGGGGUUGGCUUGGGUCUCAGGCUGCACUAGACUCCAAUACUGUCCUUCACCUGGAGAGGUUUAUCACAAUGGAGCAGAUUUCUCCAUCUGAAGAGGACGAAGAGCAGCUGGACCAGGAAAUCCACAACACAGUGAGGAAAAUUAUCCGAGACUUUGUGACCUCCUGGUACUCCACUGUGUCCGCCGAGAAACAUUUUGAAUCUGAUGUGCAUGAUGCUAUGAUCUAUGUGGCCAUGGAGCUGAAAAGACGAGCUAGACAAGUGGACAGAAAGGAAUUGACCCAGAGAAUAUUGGACGUCUUUGGAUGCCACUUGCAAGAUUUCAUAAAAGCCAAACAAAUAGUGCCUCAGCAGCAGCGGAGUGUCAAAUGGGACAGCGAGAGGGUGUGGCGAGCCUACUCCAGCACCACCCCGCCGCACGUGGCCAUGACCAGUAAAGGAUUGGAGAUAAACUACAUGAGAGCGAUGGUGGAUUUACUGCUGCAUGUUUUGGUGCCAUCUCCUCACUUGGAAACCCGCAGUGGCCGAUUCGUUGUCGGCGAGCUCAUCACUUGCAACGUUAUGCUUCCACUGAUCGAUAAACUGUCCGACCCUGACUGGUUAAACCUAUUAGUAAUCGCGUUAUUUGGAAAACACAGCUUGCAAGUGGAUGGUACUGAAGAAAAUCCAAUCCCUCCUUUGCCUACUCUUGAAUCCGAACCCUCUCUCACUGAAACUACACUAGAACAACAGCAAAGUACAGAUACGGAGGCGGUAACUGAUAAACAAGUGCCCAGUAAUGCAGAGAUGACGCCUACACCAGUGAUCCCGACAUAUUUUGAAAUGGAUGACUUGGAUAGCAUGCAAAACACAGAAGAUGCCGAUGACGAGCCGGCGCAACCCUUUUUGAGGCAUUUUCUGAGAGGAAGUAAAUCUAAUCCAUUUUACCAAGAAACCGAUUCAGAUUUGGACUCACCGUUAACUGAUUAUCAACAGAGCUCCUUAGAUUCGUUGGUUAUGAUCGGUCAAGAUGAUGGAAUGAGCGACAAGCAGAAAGAAGGUGCUAAAAACGACGUGCUUGACUUAGAAGAUGUUUAUUCCAAUGACAGCUUAUGCCCUAAAGUUUUGGUGAAUUCGCAGCCUGUAGAAAACAGAAAUGGUUGUUUAAUAUUGAAAACAGAAGGCACAACCAGCAACAUCCCGGAUAUGGAGAAGGAAGGUCUCGUACCACCGUUUAACCCAAGCAGAGAGCUCCUUAUAGGGGUGGAGCAGACUGGAUUGACGAGCCCGAACGAGCUGACCGCAGUGAGUCCGUCCCAGAUGACCUCUCCCCUCGCCCUGUUCAGUUUCGAGCCACUGAGUAGCCCAGAAGGACCUGUGAUCAUCCAGAACCUGCGCAUAACCGGCACCAUCACAGCCAAAGAGCACCGCGGCACCGGGUCACACCCCUACACCCUCUACACCAUCAAAUAUGAGACAGCGAUGGGUUGUGAAAACCAGGACGGCAUACAAUCAGUCACUGAAGAGGCAGAAGCACAGGCCGGCUCUGAAAAUCCCACAGCGGUUCAACAGAUCGCCUACCACAUGGUCAACAGGAGAUACAGCGAGUUUCUGAACCUACAAACGAGACUGGAGGAGAGGGCCGACCUGAGGAAGCUCAUCAAAGGGGUGAAGGGCCCUAAGAAAAUAUUCCCCGACAUGCCCUUUGGAAACAUGGACAGUGAUAAGAUUGAAGCCAGGAAAGGAUUACUGGAGACGUUUUUGAAACAACUCUGCGCCAUCCCUGAAAUAGCCAACAGCGAGGAGAUGCAGGAGUUUCUGGCUCUAAACACAGAUGCGAGAAUUGCCUUUGUGAAAAAGCCUUUUAUUACAUCCCGGAUUGACAAGAUUGUGGUAAAUGCCAUUGUGGACACACUUAAGACCGCCUUCCCUCGCUCUGAACCGCAGAGUCCCACAGACGACACCGAUGAGCUGGACGGUGUGAGAAUGGCAACGGACAAGAAAAACAAGUCUCGUUUGAAAUUUGCAACUAAAAACGUCCCCAUUAUGAACGGCUCAGAUGUCAGACCUCCUCUCUUCAGUGUUGAUCAGAAUGGAAAUGUUUUCAAUGGGAUGACGUUGGGAGAUCUGGAAGCCUUUAUCAAUGAUCGGGAGAAACUGGCCUUAAGACAAGACUCGUACACGUCCGACAGCCCCAUAAUCACAGAAAUUACACCUUAUUCAAGCAACGAGACUAGACCCAAGCCCGAUGAACCCGUGUCUGAGACGGCGUUGGCAGAGGUGACCCUGAACAUCCUCUGUCUGUUGAUGAGGGACCAGUGGAGCUGGCUCUGCACCGAAAACAUCCAGAGGACAAUUCGACUGCUGUUUGGGACGCUCCUCAACAGGUUUCUGGAUGUGAGCGUGGCUAACCUGUUGUGCACCAGGUACUGGGCCAUGUACCUGCAGGUCAUCCAGGAGGCGGUGUGGCCCGGGGGGACGCUGCCCACCGCUCCAGAGGUGAUCCGCAGUCAGCAGCAGAAAGACGACACCAAACAGGAAGCGCUGCAGUGUCUCAUGCAGCUGCUCCCAGAUCUGAUUUCUGAUGUGUUGGGAUCAGACAAGUACAAACUCAGCUGGGAAAAUGCACUGGACUCUCUGCAGGACCCGUACAUUAACAGACACCUGGUUUACUGCAUAUUUGACCUGCUGUUGGAGUUCCUGGUUCCUGAAACAUCUGAGGAGGAUUUUCAAAAGAGUCUUUUGCAGAGUCUCUCUAAAGUCCCAGAGAAAAUCCAGGCCUAAACAGAGGAUCAGCCUUGUUUAACUUAUUCAGCCUAUCUUUAAGAAUGUGGGUGAGUGUGUUUGGUGUGCGCAGGUCUGCCUCAUUUUCAAAUCUGACUCCAAUUUGAACACACAAAAUCUGCUGCAGCUUUGAUUACAUGGCAGUGCCUGUUUUGCGUUUGAUGUCCUCUCCUCCGUAAACGCGCGCCACAUCCUCUCCGACCACUUCCUAUUUAUUAAACUGUAGCUACAAACGUCAGACGGUCCUUCCUGAGUCUACACACCUGUUACUUAAACCUAUACUUUCAACAUUUGUUUCCACAUCGCCUUCGGAAUAACGCUCUUUGAGUUUUCUUUACAAGCUGCUCAUGAUCUAUAACAUGAUCCAUAAUUCUCUAAUCCGAGUCUAGAUGAAGGAUCGGAAAUGUCUUAUAUUUAUUUAGAUUAGUCUUUAAGAUCCGCCGUGAAGUGGGGAAGUUAUGGUUUAUCUUUUGAAUAAAUAUCUGCACUAAUAAUAUCUGUACUAUAAAGAACGGCUUUACUUAAUUUCCAUAUGAAGAAUAUAGCAGAUACGACUUAUUUAAACAAACAAUCUGUCAAUACGUUCCACAUUUAUCAUGUAAACUGAAGUUAAAACGUGCCAUUAUGAUUUUUCAUGUCUUAAAAAGCCAGUUGCCGUUUUAAAUAGCAUUAAAUAACUUCUAAUUUCUCAUGAGAUUCGAUGAGGAAGCAGGGUUUUUGUCAUUUGUCAUUAUAUGUUUAUGUUCUUUGUGAUAUUUUUUAUGACGUUACAGUUUGUAGUAUUAUUCAUUUUAUAGCAGAAGUUACAUGAAGUUUAAUUCUAGAUACUUGUAAGCGCCGAGGGACGGAAGUGAUGAAGUUUAGGAACAGGGUUUUACUUAAAGUUCGAUCGUAAAAUGUCAAAAACGAUGCUUUUGUGGAGAAUCUUCCAACGUGUGGUUUAACUUUUGAUCUUUAUCGAAUCAUGUAGGUGACGUGCGCCUCCAGAAAGUCGCACGGUGUUGCUUUACGGUUACGAAAAACAGUUUAGGAUCAUUCUAAUGUGUUGGCAGCAAUGACUUUAAACCAUAAAUGUGUCACCUGCUUGUCUUAUCACUCCCGUCCCUCCGGAGCGUACUAUCUGGCAGUGACGUUACAUUAAAGUGCACUACUAACUACAUUUACAUUUACAUUCCUCAUUUCCGUGGUUGGUUUGUGUUUGUGUCAAAAUCAUAAGCUUGUCUUUUGUUUACAUUUUAGUGAAGUCCUCAUUAACUGUGCGUGAUUCCUCUUUGGUAAAACUACAUGUUAUUGUUACAUUUUUGCACUUUGUUAACUGUAAGUCAAACUAAAGUUGUGUCUUAUCAAGAGUUUGCUGUUCGAUGUUGCCUUACAAGUGAUUUUUGAAUGAAGUUUGAAUAAUAUUAAUAAUUGACUGCCUUAUUAGACGCGCUAAGAACAUUUAACCUGCUGUAAUUAUCCACGGCAGGUUUUGAGACGAGAAAAAAUGUCGCACAACUUGUCUAGAAAAUGUCAAAUGUUAACGUGAAGGACCGAAUUAUUUUAUUUUUUAUUGGAUUUUCCGUUGUGCCAGUCUUUGUCGUUGUUGUGUUUAAAUGUUCGAUAUACUUUUGUGCACUAAAUUAUAAAUUGUGAACCACUUUCAAUAGACGCUGCAUUAAAAUAGUGUUUAAAUAAUAUAUAAAUGAUGUGUGCUAAAGAUUACACGUGUUCAAUGCAAACAGCGUCGUUUAAAAAAUAUCAUAAUUGUAUUUAUCUGUUGCAACUUUAGCAAAGAAAAGGUAUCGCUUUAUUUGUCUGAUUUUAUUGCUUCACUCAAACUUUAUGUCCACUGUUCAGCCGCACUAAACAUGUGUAUCCUGUCUCUGUUCUUGGACACAUGUGUGAAAUUAAAACAAUAAAAGUUACCAAAUGUGCUUAUGAAAUAGCCCAGUGAAA